CGGCGGCGCCUGGCCGGCGUCGGGGCCUGGAGCCGGGACGAGGCAGGCUCGCCGGCCGGGGCGUCCACCAGCGCCCUGCGGGCAAUGGGCUUCAGCGCCCGAGCGCGCGCAUGCGCGGGCCUGCUUCUGCAGAGGCUUCCUCGGGUCACCUGGACGCCGGCAUCUCGGCCACCUGCCCCUCCGGGUCCCUUCUCGCCCUUGACGCCUCCCGCUGGUUCUCAUCGCCAGGCCUCUUUCUUCUUCUUCCGCAGGCACCUCUAGACCCGGCCGCGACCGCCCGCCGACACCCUGGGUGCCGCUGACACGAGCCUCGGUGCGGCUUCCGCUUCCGGCGAGUAUUGUGUGUCGCGCCGCGGGCGGGGGCGAGGGGAGGAGGAAGGAGGGAGGCAGCGCUCCGGCGGCUCCGCGCCCCGCACUCCCGGACCCGAAGCCGGGAAGAAGCACAUGCCAAACUAGGAUACAGUGAUCUGGAACUAUUGGUUCUAAGAUACAAGUGGAAUGAGCCUGGAUCAGAAGAAGUAUGCUGAGCUAGAGUUGAAGAAAGCUUCUCUUUCUAACGAGAAAGCAGAGUUAAAUUAUGGCAGAGACAAGUCUGUUAGAGGCUGGGGCCUCUGCAGCCUCCACAGCUGCAGCUUUGGAGAACUUACAGGUGGAGGCAAGCUGCUCUGUGUGCCUGGAAUAUCUGAAGGAGCCUGUCAUCAUUGAGUGUGGGCACAACUUCUGCAAAGCUUGCAUCACCCGCUGGUGGGAGGACCUAGAGAGGGACUUUCCUUGUCCUGUCUGUCGAAAGACAUCGCGCUACCGCAGUCUCCGGCCUAAUCGGCAACUAGGCAGUAUGGUAGAAAUUGCCAAGCAGCUGCAGGCCGUCAAGCGGAAGAUCCGGGAUGAGAGCCUCUGCCCCCAACACCAUGAAGCCCUUAGCCUUUUCUGUUAUGAGGACCAGGAGGCUGUAUGCUUGAUAUGUGCAAUUUCCCACACCCACCGGGCCCACACCGUUGUGCCACUGGACGACGCUACACAGGAGUACAAGGAAAAACUGCAGAAGUGUCUGGAGCCCUUGGAACAAAAGCUGCAGGAGAUCACUCGCUGCAAGUCCUCUGAGGAGAAGAAGCCUACUGAGCUCAAGAGACUAGUGGAAAGUCGCCGACAGCAGAUCUUAAGAGAGUUUGAAGAGCUUCAUAGGCGGCUGGAUGAAGAGCAGCAGGUGUUGCUUUCACGACUAGAAGAAGAAGAACAGGACAUUCUGCAGCGACUCCGAGAAAAUGCUGCUCACCUUGGGGACAAGCGCCGGGACCUGGCCCACUUGGCUGCUGAGGUGGAGGGCAAGUGCUUACAGUCGGGCUUCGAGAUGCUUAAGGAUGUCAAAAGUACCCUGGAAAAAUGUGAGAAGGUGAAGACCAUGGAGGUGACUUCAGUAUCCAUAGAGCUGGAAAAGAACUUCAGCAAUUUCCCCCGACAGUACUUUGCCCUAAGGAAAAUCCUUAAACAGCUAAUUGCGGAUGUGACCCUGGAUCCUGAGACGGCUCAUCCUAACCUAGUCCUCUCGGAGGAUCGUAAGAGUGUCAAGUUCGUGGAGACAAGACUCCGGGAUCUUCCUGAUACACCAAGGCGUUUCACCUUCUACCCUUGCGUCCUGGCUACUGAGGGUUUCACCUCAGGUCGACACUACUGGGAGGUGGAGGUGGGCGACAAGACCCACUGGGCAGUGGGUGUGUGCCGGGACUCCGUGAGCCGAAAGGGCGAGUUGACUCCACUCCCUGAGACUGGUUACUGGCGGGUGCGGUUAUGGAAUGGGGACAAAUACGCGGCCACCACCACACCUUUUACCCCUUUGCACAUCAAGGUGAAACCCAAGCGGGUAGGCAUAUUCCUAGACUAUGAGGCCGGCACACUGUCUUUCUACAAUGUCACAGACCGCUCUCAUAUCUACACCUUCACUGAUACUUUUACUGAGAAACUUUGGCCCCUCUUCUACCCGGGCAUCCGGGCUGGACGGAAGAAUGCUGCACCACUUACCAUCAGACCCCCAACAGAUUGGGAGUGACAGGUUGGGAUGUGGGAAUAACUGGGGUGAGGCAGGGUCAAGUGCUACGGGCCUCCUUCCUGUGUCCUGCUGGAACGUCUUCGUGUCCACCUGGUUCCAGUCCUGAAUCAUCUUGGAGAAACACCUCAGUUUCUAGGAUGGUUUCGUGUGGAAGGGGAGGCAGGACUGGGCUGGAUGAGAGAGCACAGCUGUGUCUCCCUCCUGUCAGGGCAAGGAGCUGGUUCCCAGAGGAUUAUCUGCCCUGAAGUCCAUCAGGUUUUCUGUUGCACAAGGACGGGUUGGGAAGGAAGGAGAGGCUUUUCCAGAAACAAAAAAAAAUCUGUGAGGGUCUGACUUUCUCAAACCAGAGGAGGAAACAGAAACCCCUGCACAUCUUUUAGGGGGUUCUUUGACCCAGGAUAGUCUUGCUUCUUGAGGUAGAUCACAGGAGUCUGUGUACCUCUAAAUUAAAGAAAGAUGAAUGACAGAUGCUCUCAUGGGUCUUAACGUUGAGGAGUUUUUCUGAGGGCAGAUGUUGGACAUCAACAAGGUUAGAAGGAAGGUCAGGGAAAUGGGUUAAAGGAACAAGUUCCUAGAGAUUAAUGAAGGGGAGAGAGGUUUCUUUGGUCUUCCAUUCCAAGGGUAAGAUUGCCAUUAUGGGUAGUAUUGGCCAGGGGUAGGAAUGUGGAAAGCAGAGGCUGAAAAGAAAGCAGAGGAGAACCCAGGUCCCUGCCUCAGCCUUCAGCAGAGUUGGCUGAUUGCCUGCCUCUUUACACCAAGAAGUCAGUCACCUCGCUCCUCUCUAGAGCCAAGGUAGAAGAGAUCCUGCAAGACAUAUCUAUCCUUUCACAGUUUUCAAGGGAAAUUGGAAAGGAGAGUCAGGUAUUAGAGGAAAGAGUAUUUGUAUCCAAAGCCCUGGCCGUAAAGAAUGUUAUGAAGUAGCUGCUCCCAAAUUGUCAGCCUUGUUACCUGGCCAAGGUGUCCAAGCCAGAAAGGAAGAAAGGUAAUAGAGUCUUCCUCACCCUAAGGGCAGGGUAGAAGAGGGUGGUGUACAGGGAAUGGCCAAAUAGGCAACUUUCUUUGGCCCGUGUGCAUCUGUCCUGGAACUGCUGUUUACAAAAGCCAGGCUUUUGCCUGUUUGUUGCCAUCCCUCACCCUUUGCCAUUUCCCUUUCCAGAGAAUGUAAAUGAUUUUCAUGUUAGGCCAAAAUAAACAACUUAUAGGGUACAUAUGUUGUCAUAAAAGGUAAAAGUGAUGCAUGCCAAACCAAACUAAACUAAUUUGGAUUAUCUGCUGUUUGGGUAAUCUUCACAGAAAUGACUGAGAGAAGAAUCUGCAGUUUAUUGAGGGCAUUUCAGUUCCUCCUACCACCUCAACAGGACAUUGUCCAGACUCUCCUCCUCUUACCUUUGUGCCUUGAUUGUGGUUCUUUGUGGCAAGAUACUUUGGUUGGUUAAAAUAAUAUGGAACAAAGGAUCCACUGAAGUGA